AUGUCCAUGCGAGUCGUGCCCAGUGUCUUGGGCAAGAGAGGAAUCCAGGAUAUUUGCGGCGCAUCUACGCGACUCCCCCUGCUCAUAGCCUCCAGACGGCUGCCUGCUACUUAUGGCGCUCGCGGUUAUGCUAGUAUCGGCGAAGAGGGCAGACGAGACACUGGACCACCUCCAGGAUUCAACAGCGCCAACGCAAGGCAACCCUCGAGCUCUGCCUCCUCGUCCUCCACGGCGCACUCUUCCCCGAGCAGUUCCAACGCAUCCCAGAAACAAUCUCCCUCUGCCGAAUCUACCAGCUCGAGUGCUUCCUCCUUAAGCACGCAUGACUGGGAGGACAACCCCGACCUCAGUAUAUCCAAGUUCUCCGAACUGCCAGGGAAGGAUUUUGGAGUCAAUCAACAUAUACUCAUCAAUGAAGAGUUCAAGGAAGCCUUGCGGCAAAUACUCUGGAAGUUUCGAGCACCGAUCAGAUAUGCCUUUGCGUACGGUUCGGGUGUCUUUCCCCAGAGCUCGAACCAAGCGGGUGGGAACGCAACUCUCCACCCCUCGCCUCCUGAAGCAAUCACCAAAGUUCAAGAUGGCAAUCAGAAGAUGAUUGAUUUCAUAUUUGGUGUCUCAUAUACCCAACAUUGGCACUCACUCAAUCUGCAAGAACAUCGGGAUCAUUACUCUACCGUCGGUUCUCUGGGAUCAUACGCUGUCUCAAAGAUUCAAGACUCUUUUGGAGCCGGUGUAUAUUUCAACCCCUACGUCACCGUCAACGGAACGCUGAUCAAAUACGGAGUGGUCAACCUAGACACCCUGUGCAAAGAUCUUUCCGAGUGGAACACUCUCUAUCUGGCCGGUAGACUGCAAAAGCCAGUCAAAAUCUUGCGAGACAACCCUGCUGUGCGACUGGCGAAUCAGGUCAAUUUGAUUGCCGCUGUGCGCGCAGCGCUUCUCCUUCUGCCUCCUGAAUUCACCGAACAAGAGCUUUACUCGACAAUCGCGGGGAUUUCGUACAUGGGAGAUCCGCGGAUGAGUAUUGGCGGGGAUGAUCCUCACAAAGUCAACAACAUCGUCAAACACCAGCUCCCCAAUUUCCGCCGUCUUUACGCGCCGUUGAUUGACAACCUGCCCAACAUCUCUUUUGUUGAUUCCGUAUGUUCAAGGAGAGACUGGAUGGAUGAUCCCACGGUAAAUGCCAAACUGGCCCAGAACAUGGACCCUGUCACACGCGGACACAUGGUUCGCCGCCUGCCCAGUGCCUUCCGAGAGAAACUGUACUUUGAGUACCAGUCUAAGUUUAAUAUUCCGCGCGGGGAAUUCAUGAAGAUGCUGGAACAAACAAAGGACGAAGACCCGAACAGGAUUCGGAAACGCGAGGGCGGACCCUUCGAACGACGAAUAGCCGAAGACAAUGAGGGUGGUGGUCUACGAGAAGAAGUUCGACAAGUCAUUGAAUCGACCGUCCGAUGGCCGAGCCUUAUGCAGAGCAUCAAAGGGCCCAUCACCGCAGGGGUUGCGCGGAGCUGGCGCUAUGUAAGGGAGAAGAGAGAAAAAGCCAAAAAAGGAGCACUUGCAACGCGUCAAGAGAAGAAUAAGUAA